AUGCCGAAUUACAAGUUAGUGUACUUUGAUGGGCGUGGAAGGGCGGAAACAAUUCGUCUGGCCUUCGCUGUGACGGGCAUUGCAUACGAAGAUCAUAGAAUUAAGAAGGAGGAAUGGCCGGAAAUGAAGCCAAAAACCUUUGCUGGCUACCUUCCCUACAUGGAAGUAGAUGGGACAGUCCUGUUUGAAAGUUUGGCAAUGGCAAAGUAUGUGGCUCGAGAAGGGGGUCUGCAGCCAGCGUGCAGUCUCAGUCAGGCCCAAUGUGACGCCACACUUGAUGUGGUCAAUGGAUUCCUGGAGAAGGCAUCGGCAACCAAACACACCAGUGAUGCCGGCGCCAGGGUAGGUGAAAUUUAG